UAAAGUGCUCCUAAAAUGAAACGUGCAGCUUGGUAAAUGGCUAUCCUGUUAAAAUUACUGUCCGUCCUGCCAGAAAAUCCUGCUCCUCCUACAAGGCAGUUCCACCCAGGUUACACCGCGAUAACUCCUGAGUACUGGUGCGCGCCAAUGCUGCGUUCAUGACACCUCAGAACUCUGGGUUUCCCCAUUGAAAACUCCCAUUUCUGUCUUCAAAGCGUUCCAGACAUUGACAUUAGACAUUGUUGUGUGAUGUCAGAAAACUGAUUCUCCAAGAAGACUCUGAAUUUCCCGAGUAGGAGCACCAAUAUUAGGCCUUAGUUAAAAGCCUUAGUUCCGAAUUGGCCUGAACGCCGCACGCCGCACUUUUUUCUUUGCGCGCACUGACCGCGGCCCCAUCUACAGAAGCGUCUCAGGAUGGAUGAGCUCGGAGUCUCACCUCGCAGGACCAGGAUAACCACGCAGAAGGAAAAAGCGGAAAAGGGAAAUUCAUCUGGAAAACAUGCUUUGACAUGUCUCAAGGAGGCUCAACAGUCCAGAAGAGAAGACAGUGAUGAUGAAGCGAUGAGGGGAUCUGAGAUGCAGCAUGACAGUGAAGACGACAGUGAGGAUGACUCUGAAUCCAGCUCUGAAUCCAGCUCUGAAUCCAGCUCUGAAUCCAGCUCUGAAUCCAGCUCUGACAGGAUAAGGAGAAAAAGGCGAAGAAAAGCAAACAUCGCUCUCGCCUGCGGGUUGGAGGACCAGGUGAUGUGGUGAAGCGGUACAAGGAAGUCCUUGCCAUUUUCCAGACGGGGAAGAAUAUGGCCAAAUCCUUGGAGAAGUAUGGAGUAGACAGACUUACUAUUGUGAGGACUGCAGCGAUUGCCGAGCUCGCAAUAGCUGCUCCAGAAGAAUAUGAUCAGGUGGAGAAGGGGGAGACGGUGGCAGACUUUGCUAAAAGAUGCAAGGAGGUUAUAAAGGCCACUGAAGUCAUUUCUGCUACAAUACAUAAAAUGAAGGAUGAUAAAAUUAUGCCAGCCUAUCAUACUGUGUUAUUGUAUUAUGUUACUAAAUAAUGUUUGUUCAAAGCUCUCCU